CACAAAAGCCUAAAGUUGCCACACAUUAGCAAACCGAGAGAGAGAGAGAGAGAGUAUGGCUUUAGAAACACUUUCUUCCAAUGAACUCCUCAACUUCAUAAUCUAUGACACCAUCUCUGCAACCCCUUUUACCUGCAAUGACUCAUCUGAAACCGCUAGCAGCUUCUUCUUCCACCUCCAAAAUCAGAACCCUAACCCUAAUCUUUCAUCUCAAGAACUUUCACCAACUACCAUGGAUAUUAUGAGUUCUAACUCUUCUCUUUCAACAACCACUGCUAAGAUGUCUAUGGCAGUGCAAGCUUACUGCUGUGACAAUAUCCAAGAAAAGAACUUCAGCAUUAAAGACAACUGUCAGAAUUUAGGGGUAGUACAAAAGAAGAAGAGGAGAAGAAGACCUAGGGUUUGCAAGAACAAAGAAGAAGCUGAAACUCAAAGAAUGACUCACAUUGCAGUUGAAAGAAAUCGUCGGAAACAGAUGAAUGAUCAUCUAGCCGUUAUGAGGUCUCUAAUGCCGGAAUCUUACGUCCAAAGGGGUGACCAAGCUUCCAUAGUUGGUGGUGCUAUAGAAUUUGUGAAGGAGCUUGAACAUCUCUUGCAGUCUUUAGAAGCUAAAAAAUUCCUCUUGACUCAACAACAACAAGAAGAAGAUGGUGGACAUGAUAGAAAUUUAACAAAGUUAUCAUCAUCAUCAACAGCUGCCCCUCCAUUUUCACAGUUUUUUUCAUACCCACAAUACACUUGCUCUCAAAUUCCCAACAAGUUCACUUCAAAAAGCAAGGCAGCAAUUGCGGAUAUCGAAGUUACUUUGAUCGAAACACAUGCUAAUCUUCGGAUCCUAUCGCGAAAACGGCUUACUCAGCUCUCGAAAAUGGUGGCUUGUUUUCAAACACUUUGUUUAUCAGUGCUCCACCUCAAUGUCACCACCUUGGACCCUUUGGUUCUCUACUCCAUCAGUGUUAAGGUGGAAGAAGGAUGCAGACUCAACUCAGCAGACGAGAUAGCAGGUACAGUCCACCAGAUGCUCAGAAUAAUUGAGGAGGAAGCUACCCUAUGUGUUGAUUCUACAAACUAGAAAUAGCUGUUUAUGUCUUUACCAUUUUACCCCUUUGGGCUUCUGUAAAACACCAUAAUGCCACCAUCACUUCUAUCUCUCUCUCUUUGUAAUGCACGUACAGUAGAAUCUAUUCUUACUUUCAUCUAUAACAGUAGUUGUCUAGUUGAGUUAAGAUGUUUUCAAAGAUUGACUGAGUGAUGUGAGAUUAAUAUGUGAGAUGCAUCAAUGGUGAAUUAUUUAUGUUA